GAUUCAUUGCGGAGUCGUUUUCGCACUUGGGAGGCAUUGUGGUCACCAUGCCCCGUUGAUUCAUCCCGCGAGCUGGCCAUGUCGGCAGCAACAGGCGGUUCGAAGAAGCGGAAGGCGAAUGACGGUGAUGCUGUUGACGCGGCAGGCCAGCCAGCUGAUGACCACCACCCUCCCACACCUCAGAUCGGCCGUCAGUCACUCGACAAGGCCAUCGCCGCAGCCAGCGCCGCCCUCCUCGCCAUCGAGAACCACGGGAACUCACUCUUUUGGAAUCACGAAAUCACAGCAUAGAAAUCAGACCUUCUUGUCGUCACAGCGCACUUACUAUUGAGAGUGAGAGGACGUCGUUUGGCACACGUAAAGAGUGGCCUUUGGCCGUGCUUUUGCGCCCCCGUUUGCUUCUCUGGAGUCACUGGUUGUCGAGAUAUGAAUCAGUCCAUGAACCUAAAUCAUGGAAUCAACCGAAGAACGAAAUCACCCCUCCUGUACGGGCCUAACGAUUUCGAUUUCUGAUUCUGAUUCAAUGAUUUCCCCUUGGGGUUUAGGGUUAGGGUUUAGGGUCUUAUUCCGUGAAACCGCUCUCUCAAACCCUAGAGGUCAAAUCAGAACCAAAAUCACUUCGCCAGUGGGGGGUAACGAUUUCGAUUUCUGAUUCCGUGAUUCCAGGUGCCGGACAAUAGAAAUCAGCGCUGAUUUCUAUAUGAUCACUGUGUGAUUUCGGAUGCAGAAUGGGUUCCCGUGGAUCGAGAACGCCGCCAGGAGUGCCCGCCAGCAGCUGCAGACCAAAGCCGAGGCCAUCAAACAGCUGAUUGAGAACACGGGCGGCAAGUUGGAGCUGACGGGCGGCAUCGAUGGGGAGCCGGAGGUCAAUGUGGGCGGGCGGGUGUUGUGUGUGUCGCGCGAGGGGCUGAUGAUGGAUCAGCUCCGCCGCACCUACUUCGCCCAUCUGCUGCUGUACUGUGUGGACGCCCUGCCCCGCGAUGAGGAGGGCCGGCCGUUCCUCGACGCAGAUCCAAACUAUGUCAAGUGGUAGGUCCAAGAAGAAUGCGGGUUUGUCUGGUUUGUGUUCAUUGCGCUUUGUUUGCUGUCCUUUGUGUUAUUCAGGUUGGUCAAUGAGAUAGCGUUGGUUGAGGGUGCUGACGCCUCAGGCGAGGAGUACGAGAUCGAGUUGGACGACACACAGAAGGAGGACCCCACCUUCGCCUUUUACCACGAGCUGUUCCUCACCCAGACCACACUCGAGAUCGACGUGCGAUCAGAAGACACAGACAUGGACGCCAGAGAGGCGGCGGAGGGCAACAAGGAGGGCGGCGACUGCGGGGGGGGCGACAGGAAGGGGGCAGGGGAUAGCAACGGGGAGGAGACUGCCGGCAGUCGGCUGCGUGAGUACGUGGAUAGCUACAACGAUGCGGUGACGGUGCUGGAGAAGGCGGCAGUGCAUUUGGGCGGGUUCGGCAAGGCGAUGGGGCCCUUCCUCCGAGCAGAGGACGGCGGCGCACACGAGGUGAAGACCGUGACCGUCCUGCGCAAGAAGGUGUCGACCACCGAGGCGACGCUGUCGCAGCUCGGCCCCGAUAGCACUCUCUACAAACGAUUCAGGUGAGAAUGCACCCACGGCACACACAUACACUGCCGCUGUGUGGACGCAUUGUGUUCUUUCCUCUCCUGUGUGUGUGUGGGGUGUGUACAGUGGUGAGAUUGUGCAGGGCGACGUACCCAUUCGCCAGACAUCCGUUGAGCACUUCACGAAGGUGACACACACGCACACACACACACACACACACAGGAGUGAGAGAGAGAGAGAAGGAGGGCACACUGUAAGUCCUUCUGGCGGCCAUUCAGGUGGUGGAUUUUGCCCGAAGACAGAAGCUCGAGAGGCGACCCGGUGCCCUGGUCAAGAAGCCCACAGCCAAGCCAAAGUAUAUCGCUCAGCUGAAGGUAUCGCUGAUCCGUCCACACAUGACUUCAUCAAGGCGGCCAUGAGCACUCAACCUGUGUGUGUGUGUGUGUGUGUGUGGAGAAGGAUGUUGAAAUGUAUGGCCUCACGAUGGAGGACGUGCAGCGGCCCCUCUCACCCAUGCUCGACAUCGAGGAGACGCGUGAGGUGCUGGCCAUGAUGGAGAUACCCAACCCCUCAAUCAAACUCCUCUACAGGUAAGCAGAGACAGCAAUCUGAUCUCUUUGCGACACCAUCAACUUAUUACCCUUUUCUACUUUGCUCUCUGUCAGUUCGACGCGUGACGGUGGUGACUUCGUCACGAUGGUGGACAAGGUGGGCGACGCGAGCAGUCUGCUGUUCCUCGUCAACCACGACGACACAUACCGAUUCGGCGCCUUCCUUGAGGGCCAACUCAAGCCGCCCACCGACCCCAAACAGACUAAUGGUUACAGGUUGCCGCACUUCCUCAUCUCGAUCUCCGGUGCGUACGCGACACCCACGAAGGUGCUCAUUCCCAUGACCAGGCAGUUUGUGCACGUCGCCGGCCGCGACGCAUCCAUCAAGGGCAUUAGGGACUCACGUGGCAAGGUGGGUGGAGGGUAUACACAAUUAGUGUCACUGCAGUGAAUGGCACUGGACCAACUGACUGGUUGUCACAUGUCUUGUGUGCAGUUGUCUUUUGGCUGUGGGUAUCUGCGGUUUGGGUGGGCCAUCCCCGGCCCCUCGGAUGACGUGCGCAGCAUGCAUCAUGGCGUCAAGAAGGACGACCUUCCCGAUGGCUACAUCGGCCAACGCAACGACAACGGCGACGGCAUACUGGCUGGGGGCUGGGACUUCACCGCAAAGGAGAUCGCCAUCUACCAGGUGAGGUACCGAGGGGAAGGCAGAGACACGACGAACGUAGAUGAAGAUGCACUGAUGACUGACUAAAUGAAUGCGUGUGUGCUCUGUAGGUCAAGUCGGCAUGAGUGAAGGGACAGCCACUGUGGCAGCAGCACCGGAAGACAUAGCUUUGCACAGAAAUGACAGACCGAUUUCCGUGUGGGCGUGGAUGGAUGGAUGGACCUUCAUGGCUGUAUGUCUCAAUUUUGAUUCACG